CCGUCAUGUGAGCAGAGCGCGAGGAGGCGCCGCGCGUGCCCCAGAGCCGUCUAGCAUAACUCAACAGGUAGGCGCGAACUUCGUCAAAGCUAACCGUUUCAUGAAUAUAUGGGCUCAAAGUCGAUUAAUAUGAGUUGUUUAAGUCGAUUAACCGGUUAUGUUGUGAUACCCUGAUAUAUGACGCAGUAGAAUUUCUACAUAUUUAUUAAACUUUUAUUUAUUUACCUGUAUGGGGGAGAGUGGGGUAAGUUGAGCCACCAUUUUGUUUGGAAAUGGUCAAAGAAAUUGAUCAUGUGACCAAAUAUUUAGGAGAUGGUCAUCGAUUCACGGAGUCAGUGAAGGUUAGAAGCACAUGUGUGAAGGGGUUAGACAUUUAUUUACAGAAAACAACAUUUUUCACUCUAUAAAGUGAAUUUAUAUUUAAAUUAUAUUUAUCUUUAGUUUGAUUAAAAUUGUGUUCAGACCAAAAAAGAUCAUUUUAAAUUUGUUUUAUACAUCAGUUGUGGUAUCUAUGAGCUACAACAUGAGGUCAAAAACCUAACAUAAAAGUGCACCAUUUUAUCUUAGAGGACUAUGGUCAACUUACCCCAUACACGGGGUUAGUUGACCAUAGGAGACCACGUUUUUUGGCAUGCUAUAUUAUCAAGACAGUUCUGUUUACACUCAUUCUGUUGGUUUGCAGAACAUCUUGAAAUAUCUGCAGACACACUAGUUAGAGACAAAACUAGGAUUGACUUGAUGUAGUGAUCUAAAAUAUGAAAAAUGUCUCAUCUUACCCCACUCUCCCCUACACUACUGCAGCCCUGACACUCUCUCACCCCUCUGAACCAAAGGUAAAUAAUAAAAAGUACAGACUAGGUAUCAUAUCUAAAUCCAGAAUAGAUAUAUUCUUUACAAGGGGUGCAACAACAGGUAUUACAGCAAUAUACGAAAUUAUAUUCACUAAGGACACUAACAUGCAUUUGCAAAGUAAAAUAAACAAAGAAUUAUAAUUUUUAAAAGUCUUUCAAAAGUUUCCCAUCUGUUUAUUUUAAUGUACAGCCGAUUUGGUCUCAGCCAUUUAACUCCAGACCCCUGUGGUUCCUACCAGAGGGGUCUGGACUGUGCUGAUAAAUCAACACGACAUAAUAGAAAAUAGAAAUUACACAAGCAAGGCCUGCAAAAUAACGCAGUAGAGUGAGGAAGGACAUGCUUGAUAUAUCUGAAGUCUGCUUAAGUUUUGGGUAUUGUUUCUGUAAAUUAAAUUAUGUGGAACGUAUGUUGAUAUUUGAACAUCAGAUUAUUUCAGAAAGCUUCACUGUGAAAAUGAUUUAGGUCCAGUGAUAUGUGUUUGCUGUUUGUAUUGUUCUAGUUUUGUUCUUUUGUUUUUGUCCUGUAGGCUGUUGUGGGUUGUUGUGGUUAUUGACGUUGUCUUUGUGUUUGUGGUGUGAUGUUUUUUUGUGUCUUUGUUCUGUUAUGUAGAGCUAAUUGUAAAUGUAGACUCCAGGAAGAAUAGCAAUGGCCUUAGCCAAAGCGAAUAGAGGUCUAAACCCUCACUUAUAGUUAAAACCGUGGUUUUAAACUUCCACCUUAAAAAAUUGCAGUGUGUUUUUGGGAGUCUCUAGUGGCCAUCUGACUGUUUGCAGCACUUUAGAAAAAUAAAAUUCAAUGUGUUUGAACUUUAAGGUCAUGAAUUUUUAAUUAGAUUGGUAAUUUAAUGUGAGAGAUCUAAAUUCUCUGUCACUGUUUUCUCUCUUUUCUCUGAAGAGUCUCAACAGUAUUCAAACAGAAGAUGUCAGUGAUAAACAGACGUAUGAAUGAGGUAAGUUACAGAUAUGAUAGUGAUCUAACUUUUCUGAUGUAGCUCCUCUUUGGAAUAUCCAUUCGGAGGUUACUCCCACCAAUCAGACUAAACUUCUAACGGGGUGUGGCGGUGACACUGUGAGUUACAAUAAACUAAAACAGUUAUAUUACUUCAUUAUUUCUCCAUAAAUAGCCACCUUUGUGAUUUUGUGUUUUCCUUUGCUAAUGAGUCAAACUCCUCGUCCCUUAGCUGACUGGUGUCUAUCGGGUUUAACUGUUCUUAUGUAACAGCCUUUCCUCUGCAAUUUGACACCAUAAACAGCCCUGAAGCAAACGAUGACAGGUCGAUGGUUUUUAAACAGAUACAUUCACGAGUGGGAAAAAUACUGUUGUGUUUCUUGUGCUAACUUUCACACAUUUUAAUCCUCAUCCGGACACAUCUUGGUCAUUUCUUCCUCUUCGUGACUCAGCAUUUCUAAUUGUAAACUACAUUUCCAUGUAACAUAUGUAUGUCGCAGUAGAGGUAGUAUGUGUCUUACUGUUUGCGCAGUCAUGCAUGAACUUACAAUAACAAAGCUGCAGAUAUAGCCCUUUAUGGCUCCACCAUUAAGAUGCUACAAUAGCUAUUAUGAUAAGGAAGACUCCUAAUACUAUUUUGAAGCAUGCAGUGUCGUUUUAAAAUCUUUUGUUUGACCAACAAACCCAGAGAGAUCAAGUUUACCUGAAAGAACCUUUCCUUAUUAUAUGAUUGCAAUAAAAUUUGGUGCACUUUAGGGUCAAACACACUGUUCUUCCUUGAGCUGGGGCACCCCGCUGUAGUCUGUAACGGACUGGCCUGAGGUCUCACUACAAACAAGCGUCUGCUGGAAGAGAGUAGGUGAGUUGUGUUUAGUCUCUUUGCUAAAGAAAUGAGUCAAAGUUAAAAAGAUCCUGUUGUCCUGUUGAUGAAGUUAGGUGCUGUUCUGAGCAUUAUUUGUGGCUAUAGAGUGGCGUUUUGGUUGAGGGCGUGGCUCUCUGUAUUUCUAUCCUGCGGUCGUUACUAAAGUUGGUAUAACUAGAGAAACAAGCGGUCGACAACAUUCAUCUCUGGAGGGGGGGUCUAACUCGGUGUUACGGUGGGUUUGACCCUAAAUUAAUUUUACACCGGAAUUUCCCUUUAAGUAUCUGUUUUACUCCUGCCUGGCUGCAGUGUAAGUCAUAAACCCCACCUCCUCAGUUUACAUCUGUUAAUAGAUCCGUCUUCUAUCACAAGUUGAAUUCUGUCUUUUAAUGAUCCUGAUUCUCUAGUCGGACCUUCUUUGUAUCAUUUUGGUUCUUGGGACAAAAACAUUUUCCUCGCUCGGUGCAGGUACGGUCUGCUGCCGUAAAGUCAAGUUACGACAAUCUAACCACACAUUGAUUAAAUUCCAAGUUUUCUAUUGUCGUUGGAUACUGGAUAUCAGGAAAUGCCCUGAUUUUACAUUUCCUCAGUGUGUCAUAUUCCUGCCACAAUAUAUCCAUGGUUUUAUUGGAGUGUUCACAAUUUCCUAGAACUGUGGUUAGAAAUUGACACUGCAGUUUAAAUGUUAACCAAAGAGAUUUUUACAAAACAAAGGGGGAAAUUUCUUGAUCAAUCUAACCACACAUUGAUUAAAUUCCAAGUUUUCUAUUGUUUAGCUACUAUAAAUUUCCUUUAUUCACAAGUUUAGUGACUAAUCCUGUUUAUUAAUCAGAGGUCAUCCUUUUGUUGUCCCAAACCCCCCUUGGUUCUCUUGUGUAAGUCCCGACUGGUUCUUUCCAAGAGAUGUCCCUGUUGAUACCUGGCUUUAAAGGUCAAGUCACAACCACUGAUGCUUCCUUGUUGACUGUUAACCUCACGCAGACCCUCUUAAUGCCGCUGACCUUAGAUACAGGUGUUGGACUUCAUCUAGAGCCGGGGGAACAAUCGAUGCAGCCAGUUUACUCAUAAACUAUCAACAGAGCUGCCGUGCAAACAGCUCAGGUGGAGCCCAUGCUGGUGAUCUCCUCUGAGACACCAUAAAUAAAUAAGGGCAAGCUGAGGAAGGACGUGGACUGAUUUUUGUGCAAAUCCAGAAAAAUUUCCAUCAAUGAAGCCAUUUCCUUGUCGUCUACAAAAUACAAGGAUAUCAUCCUUAAAUUUUGAUGCAGAUACAAAAGUAUUAAAGGGUCUUAUUCUCCUUUUUUGUGAGAUUAAAUAUCAGGAUGUAAGAAAAGGGAAAGCUCCCUCUUUUGUGUAAAAGUUUGGGAUUUUCGUUGGAUACUGGAUUUCAGGAAAUGCCCUGAUCUCACAUUUCCUUAAUGUGUCAUAUUCCUGCCACAAUAUAUCCAGAGUUUUAUUGGAGUGUUCACAAUUUCCUGUAACUGCGGUUAGAAACUGAUACUGCAGUUUAAAUGUUAACCGAAGAGAUUUUGACAAAACAAAGGGGGAAAAUUCUUGAUUAAUGACGAAUGCAGAAGAAACUGCACGUCCAAUCUAAGGUUCAUUUACAAGUCUCUGUCACCUAAACACACACGUAUAGUGGCGAUGAAGGCUCAACACAGUCGUUGUUGUUCAGUGUGGCAACAGGAAGGGAUGUUUGGGGUGCAGGUGCGGCUUUCCAAUGAGGGAGACAAACAGGUCAAACUGACUUCCUCUUCUUGUGUAAAUGCAGACGUUUUCACGAACCCUGAGAAGGUAGAAACACAAAGAUGCUCGUUUUUUUUUAAAUCCUUUUUAUUCAAGUUUUACUCUUUGAAAGUGUCAGUAUAGAUAUAUAAGAUAUAAGCUUUCUUUCCUAGCUUGUAUUUACUGUAGAUCACAUCCCAGUUAUUAGUCAUUCAAACUGUAUCUGAGAAGCAGAGAUACUCUGACAUCCAGGUCGAAAUAUAUGGUUUUACAUUCCCUUUAACACACCCAAUAGUGUCUCUUCGUCCUCCCCUGGGUGUGCUGAUUUCUAUUUAACUGCACAGGUUCGAAACGAUGAAUUUCCUGGUUCCAAAGAAGGAAAUCUGAUUCUGGUCUGACGGUAAGAAUUUACUGAGAAAGAGAUAAAGCAAAUCUCAAAUUAUUGUUUAACUCAGAAAUGAUUCUGCAAGUCAGGGUGAUGAUGUCCGAUCAGCAAAAGUGAAUUACACGCACAAUCAACGGCUGUUUUUAUCACCAACUACCUAAAAAGAAACAAACAUAGAGUGUCCAAAUCUAUUCACCAGGAUUUAUGAAUUUCAUAUUUACUUCUCGCCAUUUUUAAUUCAGGAGCUUUUUGAGUAAGUGUUUUAAAAGCAGACUUAAAAUUUUCAGUGAGUAACUUCUUAUUUUUGUGUGUUUUCCUCUUUGAUGAUCAAUGUCCACCUGCUCACAGAGCUUCAGCUUCAUUAAGGACAGUUUUAGAGCAUCAAAUCUCCCAUUGACUGAAGUGGCCAAACGAGCUGAUCUGGGUUCAAAGUGGGAGGUAACAGACAUGCAUCAGGAUGGGCUGAGCUUCCCUCUCUGAGAAAAGGUGAUUCAGGGAGGAGAGCAGAGAGGAGGCCACAAUGCUCAGGUGUCAUAAAGAUGUGGGUAUGUGUAGGAGCAAAGUGAGGAGACAAAGCACGGGAAUGAACGAGCUCCACAUGAUCUGAUAUGGACUUUAAGGUUCAGGCGACAGUCUCCAUCAGUUUGUGAUUUAGUUUUUUCAAAAAGCAUGGCAGCAACUUGGAGAUUUGCACUUUUUCUCUCAUUGUCCCUGUUGGUGUCCAGAUGCCCGAGUCUGGCCAAUGAUGAUCACGGACACGACGACGCAGACACAGGACACGACGACGCAGACACAGGACACGACAGCGCAGACACAGGACACGACGGCGCAGACACAGGACAUGGGAACUCCUCAAGUUCACAGUCUGGACAUGGAGACUCUGGACAUGGAGACGGUCAUCACACAGCACCCAUCACCACUCUGCCCAUCGUCAGCUGGAAGUGGCACCAUGUAGAAACCCCGUACAUCGUGGCCCUCUGGAUCCUGGUCUGCUGGCUCUGCAAACUCAGUGAGUCCUAAAAUAUUUGACUGAACAGCUGAUUACACACUCUGUCACAAAUUUAUCAGGAUCACUGAGUUAAAACUGAUCAAAAUAAUCCUGACACCAUCCGACCUUUACAUGGGUGUAAAGUCACAGACGUUCAUGUCUUGAUAAAACUUCACAGGUUGGAAUUUUUAUACUUUUCCAUACCCCUAAUUUUCAGAAUUAUUCUUGGAAAUACCUAUUUUUCUAUUUUAGAAAACAGUAUUUUAUAACUGUGGUAAUAUAGUCUGUUAACAUAAAUAUUUUUUCCAAACUUUUUAAGACCUGGAAAUUGAUCAAAUUACUUCCAUACUGAGGAGCCCUGUUUAUAGAGGCUGGGUGGGAUGGCCUAAAAUAAGACCUCAGUUUUUUUUUCCCUGACAAACUUGAUUAUUAAUGUUCAUCAUGAUUAAUAAAAGUUUUUAUCCCUAAAUUCACCUCUGUAGCCAUCAGUGGAGUUAGAUGUUCAGAUGUUUGCGGGGCUCAAUCAUCGCUGAUUAAAAGCACCGUCAACCUCAUGUAAGGCUCUGUGGUGUGACUCGACCAUAUGUCAGAAUCCGUUUCAGCUGUCUCACAAUUUUAUCAGGCGUUCAGCUGAAUGGAAAUCUUUUUUUUUGUAUUUGUGUUUUUGUGACAUGAAAGCGACAAAUCGACAAAUUCAAGAUCUUAAAGUUCUCAGACUCUCUCUUACAGCCGGUAAAACUUUGCUUUGUGCCUUUUUCAUUGAGAAAAUGUUUACAUUGUAAUUUCUCUACCAGCCUCUAGGGUCUGUAGCCAAAAUAGCUCCUUUGAGGCUGUUUUUUUUUCUUUUUUUGUACGGAAAAUUUGGGGCAUGUGGCUUCCCCUGGCUGCGUUUAUGAGCACCAUAUCUGCGUGACUAAUCAUUGUCUAAUGCGUCCCUUUCUUCCAAUGGGAUAAAGUUGGUUUGUUUUUCAUGGACCUGGACCAUAUCGGGGUCUGAACACAGCUUGACCUCUGUCAAAGCACCUGAGUCCUGGAACAUGGUCAUUAGUAUUUCAUGUGUACACAACAGACGUAAGUGUUAUGUGGCAGUGUGGACAAUGUAAAUGAAUGAGUAUGCUGUUUUGUCUGUGUGGGUGUGUGUGUCUGUGUUUGUGUACAUCUUCACCAACAUAAAUAUGGGGCUGAAUAUGAUGCAGGAAAUGACUCUGUGAAAAACAUAACAAUGAAAUCAGACACGGUUAAAAGGGCGACAGAAGUUACAGUAGAUGAGACAGAUUUGUCUGCGUCAGAGUUAAUCUGUGUCGAAAACGCUUUUCCGGUCCCAGUUUGAUCUUCCUGUCAGUGUGAAGAGCAGUAGCCUACAGUUUAUCUACAGUAUAUAGUAUACUGUAGAUAUCUACAGUAUACUAUAUAUAUAUAUAUAUAUAUAUAUAUAUAUAUAUAUACAUUUUUUAAAAUUGGCUAAUUAAUCGCAUUUUCCCCCCAAUAAUUGGUAUCAGCCCCAAAAAAUCCAUAAUGGUCACGCCCGAAUAAGAACUGAAAUAAGAACUGUUAUGACAGAAACGACGCUGAAGAAAACUUCAUUUAAAGUUUAUUUUCUGAUUCCAUCUGUUAUAAUGGAGAAAGACUUUAACUUCAUUCAGUCAGCAGGGGGAGCUGUAAGUGUUUUGGCUUCACUCAGAGGGAGCUGCUGUUUCGUCCAUGUUUCAUACAAUCUACAAUAGAAUAGAAUAGAAUAGAAUAUUCCUUUAUUGAUCCCCCAUGGGGGAUUUUUUUUUGCCACAGCAGCAUCACAGCCAAAGAUAGUGCAAAAAUGCAGUUAUAAAAAUAAAGAUCGUAAUAUUAAGAACUUAAAUGUUAUAAUUAAGAAAAAAUUUGGAAAAGGAAAAAGGGAGAAGAAAAACAAAAAUAAAACUAUAUACAAUAUACACAAUUGAAGUACCAUCUAUGAGAGUAAUUACACUUAUUUGAAUCACAUAUCUUAUUCAUCACAGACAGGUGACCACUCUUUUAUGGUGGUUUUAGAAGUUCCCUCUUAGAACUGUUGAAGGAAAAAUUUUGGUCAAACAAACGCUGUCGAGAAGCAAACAUCAGCGCCACACCCGAGCAAAUUUAUCAAGUGAAUACAGCCUUUAAAAGUUUGACUGGAUACCAUUUAAAAAAAAUCUAUAUUUCUCUUAAAUGUGAGUGCUUUGAGUUUCAGUUUAAAGAACAGACUUUUUAAAGCUCUUAUUUUAAAAAGAAAGUGUCGAUAAAGGGACCAUUUCUCUCCGAUGUUGUUUUCUUUACAUUUACAUACUUAAAUACUUUACAUACUCGCCCUCUUUAGAGCUGAUCCUCUCCAUCCUGAACCAACUGAAGAGCAAGUGCAGAUCUACUCAUGUGUCAGUUUACCUGUCUGACCUCAGAGGGAAGCAGUUUUAUUCCACUUUUUCCAAAUAAGCUCUUAUCACUUCAUAUUUCAUGAUACUGACAUGCAUCUUUAUUCAUAGUUUGACUCAUCUUACAGUAAUUACACAGGGUGAUUAAGGAAACACAAACAGCAUAAUCUAUAUAUCCAUGAGUGUAGUCAGACUUUGACACAUAAACACAACAAUCAUAAACUGUAUCUCCAGAACCGCCUCCCUCAAAAUAACCUCAACUUUACCUCUCUGUCACCGUGAAGUUGACCUCUCUGUUAAAAUGUUCACAGAGCCGUGGCCACUGUACAAUGAUUGAAAGGAUUUAAUGGAGGGUUUGCCGCUAUUAAGUUGGACAUAUUAGGUCAUUAGUUAAUAAGGCUGAAAAAGGGCCUCAUGCUUGACUGUGCAGAGAGACCAACAAGAUAUCUGUCAGACAUUCAGCUCUCAGUGGGGAGAUUCAUGUCCACACCUGUACCUGUGUGAGAGCUGCUGACAGGUCCGUCUUACCAAUGAGGCUAUUGUCCCUUGUCUGGCUCAAACAGGACAGGACUGUUGGGCUUUAAAAAAAACACACACAAAAAAACAUCAAGUCACGAUGAGCGCGCUGACUGAAUACAUGCACAUGAUGAGCAGACGGGUUUACAGUGAAUAUAGAUCUGCCUAUUCUUGGGUAUCAGUCAUGCACAGACCCAACUCUCCCAUCCUGUCCUUUGUCACGUGUAUCUAUCUAUUGUUGUCUGUGUCUUCGGUUUGUUGUAUAGUGACCGUAGACUGUUUAAAACCAUGACAUCAUCUCAGUUACGUUGCCGAUUGAUGGCGGGUCCCAGUCGGCCCAUCUAGCAUAACCACAGACUGUAUGUACUCUGGACAACUUGGUUCCACCUCCCACCAGUAUAUGAAUUUGAAGCCGAAUGGAUGGGCCUCAUAUUUUUAAGUGAAUCAAAUAUUGCAUACGCAGAUUUAAGUCAGAUAAACUCCUCCGAAGAGUGUCUGUAAACCAGUUUACUUGAAUUCCUGAAUAAACUGAAGCUUAUUAUAAGAAAAAAAAACAUCCGUAUGUCAUGAGUCAUGGUUGAAUUUUAUCUCAGCGUCGGUUUAUUUAGGGACAGCUAGAGGACGGCGUUCUUCUCUCUAUUGAAACACUGGGAGUCUUUAACCAGGAUUGAGUAACGCCAACGUCAAUCAUUACUAAGAACAAAGCUGUGAGACAAAUCAUUCAUUCGCAGGUAUUUGUUCAACAUCUAUCAAAUGACCUCUGCUUCAUCUUCAACUCCCUCACUCCCACUCACACACACACACACACACACACACACACACACACACACACACACACACACACACACACACACACACACACACACACAGAGUAAAUGUGUCAUGUCAAACUUCACCGACUACGUUAGAUGCCGGAAAAUGUAAACAAAUGUAUGACUGGUGAGUGUGACUGAAUAACUGAAGACCCUUCCUGGACAUCCGUCACUCCUCCUUCAAAUCUCAAACCCAAACACACACACACACACACACACACACACACACACACACACACACACACACACACACACUGACAGUUACUGUUCAUAUAAAAGGCUGAGAGCAGGACUUUGCAAACUUCUGACUUGGCCGUCUCAUCAGACUGUGGGAGAGUUGAGGAUACAAAGUGACUGAUAUAGAAGGAUGGAGCGGAGUAAGCGCUGAUGACGCUUUAGAGAUAGUAAAGAAGAAUAAGUAAGACAGGGGAAGCACAACACCAGCAGAGAAGGAGGGAUCAGGAGCGUGACAGCUUUAAAGACCGAUCAUCAGUCUGACAUCUGAGAUUUUACCAACUUAAAAAAAAGGGAUUUAUUCUUAAAUUUGGAGCACAAGACCAAAAUAUUGAUAAAAUGCAUCGCUGUGGACACGCACGCCUCUGGCUGUUGGGGUCAGUGUUGCUGAUCUGCCUCAUCUCAGGGGUCACAGGGAUUAAGGGGGACGUGGCGCCUACAAACCGGGACUCCCAUCCGUCUCAGUCCAAGUCCAGUUCGAAUGGGACUGAACACGGUCAUGGCUCCAGCAUCACAGGGAUACCCAUCGUGACCUUUAAGUGGCAUCACGUGAAGGAACCUUACCUCAUAGUGCUCUGGAUACUGGUGGCUGGUUUGGCUAAAUUGGGUACGUAAAAUUAAGUUUCUACUGAUGAUCUUAGUCUGCGGGAAACGCCUCUAAAGAUGUCAGUCUGUAAAGUCUGUAAACUAUUCCUCAGACAUGAGAUACUCGAGCAACAUUUAAAGUUUGAAUCUACAUAGAAAAAAAAACAUUUAAAUCUAUAAAUAUAUAUCUAUAAAUAACUGACCUGUCUCAGGACUGAGUCUGACCCUGUUUGAAGAGCUUGUGAUUGACUUGCAGAUGUAACCAAACUCAAAAUAGAUUGUGAUCCGGUAACAAAAUCACCUGUAGAGGUUUUCCAGGCCACAUUUAGAGUUAAAAAUCUUAACAAAGAAAAGCUGGUCCAGACCGUACACCAUCAACAAAGACUGGAUGUAAAGAUAGGAUCAGAUUGAGUCCCAUCCCAGUCUUCAAGGACUGUAGAGCGUUUAUGAAGUUAGAGUGGAGAGGAGAAACUUCCAGACUGAUGUUAGACAGUCAUCUGCUGGGACUGAGUUUAAUGACAUGAUGGAGCUCCUAGAAAAGACUGUGUACCUGUUAUUCUAUCCAGUAAACCAACCAAUCUAAAGGUAAUAAACUCUAUGUAUAUGUAUAUAUAUAUAUAUAUAUACAUAUAAUUAUUAUUAUUAUAUAGAUAUUCCAAUGUAAUCUAAUUAAGAUUAUUAUUUUUUUUAAUUAUUAUUAUUAUUAUUUUUUCUUUUCUUUUUAAAUUCUCUUUUACAUAUUAUAUAAAUUCCUUCCCCCUCCCCUCCCUCACAAAAGUAUUUUUGUAAAUUUUUAAUUUUUAAUCUUUUUGUUGUUGUUGUUGUUUCUGUUGUUGUCGUCACUCUGUUUUGUUGUUAAAUAAAAAAAAAAAGGUAAUAAACUCUAAGAAGGCGGACAAAACAGAGCAUUAUUAGUUUAAUACGUCCAAACGUGUUUCACCAAAGUCUGCAGGUAAUGGUUUGCCAAGGAGGACCUCCAUUAACGAAGCUAUAGUCCUUUCUUUAAUCACUCUGGUUAAGAGUUUAUAUGCCAGAUAAUCAGACCCAGUCCACACACAACUCAAUCUCCAUCUUCUGGACCAGAAUUCUGCGAAGCUUCACCAUCCCCGUCUGUCUUCUGCGCUUAUUUACAUGGACUCUGGGCGUCACGGCUAAUAAUAGGAAGCUGAUUAGGAAUGAUUGUUCAAAGCACUCGGCCGUGUGUGCGGCAUACCUCUGAAGAUGUAACAAAACGUGGAGAGACGUCUGUGUUAUCGAGGCAUCGUGCUGUUCCUGGGAACAGAAGAGUUUCUUCUUCUGAGCGGCGUGUUUGUUCUGGUUCAGAUUUCACUCAUCAAACAAAAUCUCACUUUAAGUUUGCUUCAGUUUAAUCAAAUACGCUUGGAAAGAAGUUAUUAAAACAAUAAAAGGGAGAAAUUAGAGUUUAAAUUGGCUCCAACGGUACAGUGGGUUUCAGAUACACUUUAGUGAGACUUUUAAUGGUCUUUAAAUAUGAGCAACAAUCUGUCUUUAAUGAACCUUCAUCUGCACCGCCAUGUUGGUUAAUCAUACGCCGAGAACAAAAAGUGCCCCUUUAAGUUGAUCAUUUGCAGAUUUUGCAACCUGACAGAGACGCUCUGGUUGUUUGGUUUAGUUAUGACGCAACUUUAAAACUCUUUCAGCCCCAAACUUCAAAUCUUAAAGCUCCAGUGAGGAUAUUUUAUGGGCUGUAAAAUCUCAUCAACAUAUUACAUUGAAUUUGUGUUUUUACCUGUUUUUAAAGAAUCUGUCCCGUCUUCCGUUCUCCUCUUAUCUUGCAGUCAUCGAGGCCAACCAUCAUGUGACGAGCAUCAUCCCAGAGAGCGCUCUGCUCAUCUGCUUCGGCUUCAUCCUGGGUGGGAUGAUUUGGGGAGCAGACAGGCAGCAGACCUUUAAGCUCACCCCGACGGUGUUCUUCUUGUACCUGCUGCCUCAAGUCAUCCUGGACGCGGGUUACUCCAUGCCCAACAAGCUCUUCUUCAGCAACAUGGGGGCCAUCCUGGUCUACGCCGUCAUCGGGACCUGCUGGAACGCCGCCACUGUGGGGCUGUCGCUGUGGGGGUGUCACAUGGGAGGAGCGAUGGGUAGGAGGGAUACUUGCUUUAUUUGGCCUUAACUUCUAGAACAGGACAAGACGUUUGUCCUUCAGUGACCUUCUUAUAAACUGCUCUCCUUAUUCAUCUUUACUCAGUCUAAACUCACAGAUCAGAUAUUUUUAACGUCAGUGUGACUAAGAGUUCAUUUUCUACAGUCAUUCCUGAUUACUCCAUUAUUUCACUCAGAUAGUGUGUAAAUAAAGACACACCCCUUCGCUCCACUACGUUCCUCUGAAUCAGAGAUGUUCAGAGCCAGAAAUAAAACUGACGUAAACUCUUCUCUGCAGAAUCUGUGUCUGCGGGGCGUCAAAUAUCAGGGUGACCAGACGUCCUCUUUUACCCCGACAUGUCCUCUUUUUUGGGGGCUGUCUGGGUUUGUCCUGCUUUGUCUGGGAAGCAAUUUUUUUUUUUCGUAGGAGGGUAGGGGAAAAUCCCGCCUCCUUCGCCUCUGAUUGGCUAGAAAAGCUGGAAUCAUCACACGCACAAGCCAAACACGAGCUGUCAGCUCCGUACAUCGGACAGAACAUUACAGAACAUUAUCGCACUUCUGAAUCUCCUAACCUGACAGACGAUGACGUUUCACAGCCAUUAGAAAUAACCAAUCAGAGCCAAGCACUUCUAGCCAAUCAGAGGCCAGAGGGGCGGGGCCUUGCCCUACCAUCCUACUAAAAAAAAACGUCCUGUGAGGUCUAUAAAAGGAUCUAUAAAAUCCUGACGUAAAACUCUCAAAAUUAACUUUGUGCGACUCUGUGACUCCGCCCCCGUGUGGUCGUAGAAGUUAGAAGAUGGUCGCCCUGGAAUAUGACAUCUACUGGAAGUUACUUAGGGGAACUUUACAUGAAAACCUGAUCGUCUCUCUCGCCCUGGUCGUUGUAGGUGACCUGGACAUCGGCCUGCUUCAGUAUCUUCUCUUCGGUAGUCUGAUCGCUGCUGUGGACCCCGUGGCCGUCAUCGCCGUGUUUGAACAGGUUCAUGUCAAUGAGGUCCUCUUCAUCAUGGUCUUCGGAGAGUCGCUGCUGAACGACGGCGUGACGGUGGUACAUAUCAGACGAUGUUUGACCGUGGACCUGACCGUUCCCUGUUUGUUUUCCAACAUUUUACACGCUGAUCUCUGUUCUUCUUCUUCUUCUUCCUGUCUCAGGUGCUGUUCAAUGUGUUUGAUGCCUUUGUGUCUCUGGGAGGAGCCAAAAUUGACGCCGUGGAAAUUAUUAAAGGAAUAAGUAAGAAAUCAACGCUGGUGUUUUGGUUUUCUGAGAGUUAUUCAGAUAAAAACUCUGAAAAACAUUCGUCCUCUGUCUUUCUCUGUCUCCAGUUUCCUUCUUCGUGGUCGCCUUCGGUGGUUCCCUUGUGGGCUUCAUCUUCGGCCUGCUGAUCUCUCUUGUGACCAGAUGCACUAAAAACAUUCAGAUCAUCGAGGCCGGUUUUGUUUUUGUCUUGGGAUACCUUUCGUACCUGACCGCUGAGAUGCUCUCACUGUCUGCCAUCCUCUCGUGAGUAAACUAAAGAUUUAUUUCUACCUUUCCUGUUUGUUUAAUCAAGUUUGUAAAAGUCAGAGUGAGUUGUUGAACGUAUCGAAUCGUCCGUGUAGGAUCGUCUUCUGCGGUAUGUGCUGUCAGAAGUACAUCAACGCAAACAUGGACGAGCGAUCGGUCACCACGGUCCGAUUUGUCAUGAAGCUUUUAGCCAACGGGUCGGAAACCAUCAUCUUUGUGUUCCUCGGGAUCUCAGCCAUCGAUAAGGCGAUCUGGGUGUGGAACACGGGCUUCAUCCUCCUCACGCUCCUCUUCAUCUUCGUGUACAGAUUUAUCGGUAAGAGUCCGUCUGUACGUUUUUCCAGCGAACCUCGUGUUUAAUUUGUCGAAGGUCCUUAAAGUGGAUGUUUGUGUCCUUCAGGUGUGUUUGUCCUCACCUGGAUCCUCAACAAGUACAGACUGGUCCCCAUUGAGUUCAUAGAUCAGGUGAUUAUGAGCUACGGUGGCCUGCGAGGGGCUGUUGCAUACGGUCUGGCGACGAUGCUAGAUGAGCACAAAAUAAAGGAGAGGAACCUGAUGAUCUGCACGACUCUGAUCGUGGUGUACUUCACUGUUAUUCUUCAGGUAAACACUUUUGGAAAAUGGAAAAUUGUAUUAUUAAUAUUUAUUAACACAUAAUUAAUUAUUUAUUAUUAACACACUCCACAGCGCCUUCUUUGUUAUUGAAUAUAUAUAUAUAUAUAUAUAUAUAUAUAUAUAUAUAUAUAUAAUACAUAAUAUAUACACAUAUAUAUAUAUAUAUAUAUAUAUAUAUAUAUAUAUACUGUAUAUACACAUAUAUAUAUAAAAAUAUAUACAUAUAUAUAUAUAUACACAUAUAUAUAUAAAGAUAUAUACAUAUAUAUAUAUAUGUAUAUAUUUUUAUAUAUAUGUGUAUAUACAGUAUAUAUAUAUAUAUAUAUAUAUAUAUAUAUAUAUAUAUAUAUAUAUAUAUAUACACAUAUAUAUAUAAAAAUAUAUACAUAUAUAUAUAUAUAUAUAUAUAUAUAUAUAUACAUAUAUAUAUAUAAAAAUAUAUACAUAUAUAUAUAUAUACAGAUCUACAGUAUAUAUAUAUUUUAAUAACUUCAUAAAAAUAAUUUCAAAAGGCGGCUGAAGAAAUCGGUAUCGACGUCGGCCCCAAAAAAUCCACAUCGGUCGGGCCCUAAAAUUGAUCACACACCGAGGAUCCAAGCCUGAACAUAUUCCUAUGAAAAUGUCAUCCCUGUCAUAGCGCCCCCUACAUUCAGCAGCCUGAUCCUAUUGAAAAUUGUCUCUCUUUUCCAGGGAAUAACGAUGAAACCUUUGGUCACAUGGCUCAAAGUGAAGCGGGCCGCAGUGUCUGAACUCACUAUCGUUGAAAAAGUCCAGAACAAGGUAGAUCUUCACUUUCAAAACAGUCACAUCAGACUGAACCACAGUCUGUUAACACCGGAUCUUCUGCUUUCUUUCUAGGUGUUCGAUCACAUGCUCAUCGCCAUAGAGGACAUAUCAGGACAAAUCGGACACAACUACAUGAGGGACAAGUGCGCAAAGCAAAAUCUUUACCUCUCUGCUCACCAAAAGUUGUACUUAUCUUUUGUUUUCAGCCACGAUUGUCUCUUGUUUUACGAUAAAGGUGGAAUCAUUUCGAAGAGAGCUGGAUGUCAAGAGUUUUGAUGAAGCCGUCGGCGAGGAAGAACCGCGACCAUCUCUUCAGCGUCUUCCAUCAGCUGAACCUCAAAGAUGCAAUGAAAUACGUGACCGAGGUGAGCGUUGUAGUUUUUGUCUUACAGCUCCUGUGAGACGUUUAUUCAUCUUUAGUUCGAUCCUUCAUGACCCGUGUCUCUUCGACCUGGUUAUUCCAAAGUUUGUCCUCUAAGGACAGUUUUCCUCCUCCUGCAGGGUGAACGUAGAGGCUCUCUUGAGUUCAUCCGCAAUGAAAGCGCAUUCGUUGAUUUCAAGAAGAAGUUUGGCGACGAAUAUUCAGAGAUCAUGCCCGACGUCACGGCUGAUACGUCUGACGAUCACGGUGGGAUGUCUGCGAUGAGGUGAGGAAUCCAAAUUCUUCGAAACCAUCUUCAGCUGCUCGAUUGUUUGAGGAGCAAAAUUCUGAGUUCAAAGUUACUGAUGUUGUUGUUUGUUUUUCUGCUGUAGAAGAGAUCCUGUCCCAUCAGUGAGUCUGGAGCUCCAUGAGCAGGGCAUGAACGGUAUGAGGGAGACGGAGGACGUCAACACGCACCACCUGCUGCAGCAGCAUCUGUACAAAGGCAGGAAACAGGUCGGCAUGUCCGUCACAGAUCGACAUUUAAAGGGAGUUAAAUUAAGUUAAAUGUAGUACCUAAAGGCUUUCCAAGUUACUAACCUGAACUUAGAGUGUAAAUAUGAUAACGUGUCUAUGAACGUCAUCUCUUCUUUGUGCCCAGUCUAAUACCCGCUUGUAUUUUCUCAUGUUUUCUGGUUCAUAGCACCGGCACAGGUACAGCCGCACUCAUUUCGAUGUCAACAAGGAUGAAAACGAGGUGCAGGAGAUCUUCCAGAGGACGAUGAGGAGCCGUUUGGAGUCCUUUAAGUCUGCAAAAAUGGGUGUUGCACCUCCAAAACCCAUUUCCAAGCACACAAAGAAAGACCAGCAGCAAAAGGUCUGAGUCUGAGUUUAUCGAUAAUAAGACGAACCUGUUUUACAUCCUUUUAAUAUGGACUUUAUCAACUCUUCUGUAGAUGCCAAAUGGAAAAUCACUGGAGAAAAGUAGGAGCUACUACUCUGGAGAUGAAGGUUAGUCUCUCUUGACUCUCAGUAAAACCUCAUAUGAACCUUUAACCGAACACGAGUUUGAUGAAAACGCUCUGAAUUGGCAGAUUUUGAGUUCUCAGAGGGAGACAGCGCCUCAGGAUACGACUCAUCAGGAAACUCGUUCCCCAUGAGGGUCACGUACAGAGCAGGAGGUGAAAUAUUCAAACUCUACUUUAAUGUUGUUCAUACAUAGACGUGUUUAUAUUCGUCUGCAGUAGUAUGUAGUCGAGCUCCGAGUCUGUAAAUGUGAUUUUAUUUAAUUUCGUUUCCUGUUUCCAUCCAGCCGGCAUCGAGAACCCAGCCUUCAUGGAUGACCUGGACCCGAUGUCAGUCGUGCAGAUCCCCCCGUGGCUGGCGGAGGCGGAGCUCGACAGCAGCAUGGUGGCUCCCUCUCAGCGAGCUCAGGUGAGGCUGCCGUGGACGCCCAGCAACCUGCGCCGCCUCGCCCCCCUCCGCAUCAGCACCCGCUCCAACGACUCCUUCAUGAUGGCCGACCCUUCUGCCGCACAGCAGAGGGACGAGGACCAGCUGCCCCCGCCUCCAAGUCCACCACCACCACCUCCUCCACCCCACAGAGACUGA